AACCGCCUAUUAUUACCUUGGAUAUUGGUUACAGCACUGUUUGUUUGUUUGUUGAUUUUUUUUUUUGUUAUUUUACAUUGGAAUAUAUAAAAUCGAUUUGUAAAUAAUGCAGCAUUCGCGUGGAUAAAACUCUCUGCUUACUUUGGGAUAUUUAUUUUUUUUCGCUCGAAAUAUUGGAUUUCCAUCAAAAGUGUGAAAGCCCCAACAAUCGGAGCCGCCACCGAGCGCACACCACCAUCACUUCGACAGCGCCUGCUGCCGUGUGUCUUGUCUAUAUAAUAAACAAAGUGCGGAUCAAGCAGAACGAUGAAAAGCCACGAUUGGAUAUUUUUAAUGUUUACAACGAUAAUUUGUUGUACGACAAUAAUAACGAUUGCACAGGCACAACAACGAGGCCGUGUGAAAUUUGGUAUGUCUAUCGAAAAAGAUGAUGGAGACAAAAACACCAAUCCCGAAAUAGUCAAUCUAUCAAGUCAAGUUCGAGGCUCUGCACAGCCCAGAGCAUCAAGUCGCUUUCGAGCUGCCAAUCCAUCUGCCAUACCAUCAACAAUAGAAGAAAUCAAAGACUCUCCUCGACCUGCGGCGGCACAACGAGGAAGUCGAGGUCGUGCAAAUGAUCGUUCUUCUCGAAAACUUACCGCUGAAGCAACGGAAGCUAUUCCAUUAGUUCGUUCUAGGAAACGUAUAAGUCCCGUUGCUAUCCCAUCAAUAAGCGUUGAUCAACCAAUUAAAGUUGAACUUCCAACAUCAAGUGUUGACCGAACAAAUGUAAUUAGAAGAAGUAAAACUAGAUCAGAACCAUUACCAUCAUCAACAAGUGCACCAGUUAGUAUACGAAGAAGAUCAGAUACACCAUCAGAUGGACCAACUGAAAGCAUUCGAAAAGUUAGAACCUUCACAUCACGAAGUGUGACAAAGCAAGCUGAUGAUAUAAUUUCAUCUGAAAAGCCAUUGACUGCUGCAACAACAGGUAGUAGCAAUUGGAGAAAUGCUGGAAGCAAAAGAGGAUCGGCAAAAGUUAAAUCAGGUGAAAGAAAAUCCAAAGCUUUGGAAGAAGAUCAACUAGAAGAUGAAAACUAUCCAGAACAUUUUAAACUAUUAUUAAAAAAGCAGCAACCAAGUCAGGAUUUGUUACCAAAAAACUAUCCCAAACUUCCAAUAAAAGAAGAUCAAACUCACUCGAAGAUUAAUGAAGUUUAUGAAGCUCCAAAAUCACAGCCAAGACCACGUCGCUUAGAACAAAUAAGUCAUGAGACUAGCGAUGAAAUUCUUCAAGUUUCUCGAGCAAUUCCAAAAGUUCGACGAGUUGAGUUGAAACGAGAAGAUACAGCUAGAGCUGCUUUGAAAUCUAGAAGAAUUGAACCUCGUCAAGAAGAAGUUAAAAGUGAAUUAAAAAUUGAAGAACCACAGAAAUCAAGACGCACUGAUGCAGAGAAAUUGCGAGCUCAAGUCAAAAUUAAUAAAACAGGAAUUAAGUCAAGAAAGAAGGAACCUUUAAAUGAGGUACAACGUGAAGAUAUUCCAAAAGUGCCAUACAAAUCAAAUAGAAGAACUGAAUCUUCAACCGAAGACAAUGAACCAGAAGUUAAACCGAAUGAAAUUGAAGAAUCAACAAAAGGAUCAAAAUCUUUGUUUUUACCUCGAAGAGCUGAACCAUAUCGUCCGAAACCGAAAACAACAACACAACGUCCAUCAACAACUUCAAAACCUAUCAAAAAGCCUGAUAUUCUUGAAACAAGGCCAAAAUUUAAAAACCGAUUUAACAGUCGAUUGCAAUUUCCUUCAUUGAGAACGAAAACUCCAUCAAUUUCAGAUGAAAUUUUGAAAUUAGAUAAUGAAGUUGUUCAUACAAGUCCAGCACCCCCGCAGCCAGUUAGACCGCUGCAGAUAACAAAGUCGAGGAAUUUAGCAGGUGAAAGGCCGGUUGUAGAUGCAAGACCGAAGCCAAAACAACAAAAAUUCAGUUCUCGUUAUCGAGGUGAUGCUUUUAGUCGUUAUCAACAAAAAACUGAACCAUCAAAACCUAUUUAUACACCGACUAUUCCAGCUUUAACUACUGAGCCUGUACCACAAGUACGCCAGCUUGAAGCAGUUUACCCAAACAAUGUAGAAAACACGGAUCUGAACAAAUCUGGUAGUGAUUUUGACGGUAUAGUAUUUGAUGGUACAGCUGAUGCAUGGAAUAUGGUUGAACCUGUUGCUGGUGGUUUGACACGUAGUGAAAUAAGUGUUGAAGAUCAACAAUUAUUACCACAAUCUUCAGUAACAGUUUCAAUAUUUGAAGCUUUAGCUGAUAUUUUAUCAAAAACCCCUACAACAACAACUUCAACUACAACCACAACUACAACAACAACAUCAACAACUGAACUUCCAGAUAUAAUUCAGGUACCGGAGCAAAAUAAAAUUGACUCCAUUACAUCAUCAACCACUGUAAAUACACAUGAUGAUGUUGAAAAUCCAACAACAACAACUACUAAUGAAAUAUUAAUUACGAAUAAUGAUCGCGAUGGGCGUUUACUAAAUAGUGUGGAAAUUAAUUCAUCCACAACAAUUCCAAUUUCCACUUUACCUUUUGAUCCUAAAGAUUCCUCUGAAACAAUAACAGUCCCUCAAUCAGACACAUCAGACACAACAUUGCUUUUUAAAUCCCAAACAGAACAAACAACAACUACCCCUGAAUUAACUACACUUCCCACUGAACCUACCCUUACUAAUUUAAACCUUACUAACAUUAGUACUAGAUUAUUGGAAUUAACAACGCUAGAAAGUAAUCCGCCAACAAGUCUACCAAUGCCAUUUUUGGCAGAUGCACUAACAACUCCCGGUAGUAGUUUAAUAACACAACCGCAACUAAUUGCAGCUAUAAGUAACUUUUUGGAUACUUCCGUACAAAAUGCUUCUGAUACAAUGGCAACAACUACUACAGAAAAUACCACAAAUACAACAGCAACACUGGAUACAAAUAGUACUCCUACAGAUGCUUCUACUACACUUUCUCCUCCCAUAACUACUACUUUUAGUGUUCCCACUUCUACGGGAUCGCCACCGGUCACAAUAUCAUUCCUUGAUCUUUUUACCAUUCAAGCUAAAAAGGUUAAUCAAAAUACAGAAGCUGCUGUUGAUAUCCAUCCGAUUUAUAAGGGACCAGAGGCAACAACAAUGCCUGUAAGUGUGGAAAAGAAACAGACAACUGGUCGUCCAGUUAACAUAAACGCGUUUUUCGGUACUCAAACAUACCCUUCGAUUUCUGUUUCUGGAAGUACUUCUACUGAUCGAACUAUUGAUUAUUCUAGUACUUUUUCGGGAACUUCAGAAGUGACUGGUGGCGUGACCACAGAUACUGCCAUUCCAUUUACAUCAACUCUUGAACCAGAUACAUCUACUCUUGAAUACACUACUCCUUCACAAUCAUCAUCCAUUCGAACCCAGUCCUUACCAAUCCAUUUGAAUAGUAUCAUAGGUUCCACACAGAAAUACGAUCAAACAAGCCCAUUUAAAACAGUUCAAACUGAUAUCACAACAACAAUACGUUCCCGUUUUGGCAACAGACGUAUACCGAUUUUACCAGCUGGAACUGUACAAAGCACAACUAACAAGGUUUUGACAGAAAUCCAAACAAGUUCCACAAAAACACCGAUUUCAACAUCUACAACAACAACAACUGUCAUUCCAGUGUCAUCUGAGAAUAACCGACAACAACAACAACAACUGUCAAAAAAUAUCACUACAACAACAUCAUCAACAACAGAACAAAAACCUAUUCAAGAUUUCUCAGUUUAUGGUAUUUUACCCAAUAAUACAGUCGUUCGAAAACGCCCACCUCAAAACUCACGUCAACUUGAUAUUGGCAUUAUGGUGUAUGGAAUAUUACCAAAUCAAACUGUGGUACGGAAGUAUCCAAAUGGCACAUUGAUGAUUGUUGAUUCAUCUAAAGAUGUCGAAGUUAUCGAUAUCGAUCCGAAAAUGCUUUUCAAUCCAUUUAGUGAAUUAUAUCGUACCAGUCAAAGCAGCUUACUACUAACUACACACCGUAGUACAACUUCUACACAUCGAUUAAUUGAAAGUAAUCAUAUAUUAAGUUCGAGUUCAAGUUCAAGUACAGAGGUGGUGCCAAAUAAUAAUAUAAAUAAUUGUAAUAAUUCUUCCACUUAUGAUGGUAGUGGUCGAAGGGGAAAUAGUAUUAAAGAUACAACAGAAAGUGGUAACACUGAUUCAACUUUAACUACUAACACAGAUGACGAGAAUCUUAUACAAUGGCUAAGUGAUAAUGAGGAUAAUAUAUACAAUUCUACUAUUCUAGUUGAAUCUAAUACGGAAAAUGCAGUUCUAUUGGAUUUACUUAAAAGAAAAUACAUCAAAACCGAUCUACCAUCGAGAUCUUCGAAUGUGGUAAGUUUAACCACAGCAAGAAAUAUUAUCGAAGAGAAUUCAAUUCCUGCCAAUAAAGAAGAAGAUGUUUCGGAAAAUACACUAUUCGACUCAAGUGAAGAAAAAAAAAAAGAUUCCCGUGAGGAUCUCUUCCUGCCAAAUGUUGGUUCAGUGGUGCCAAAUCAACGUUUCAACAACAAUAACGAUGAUGAAAAUGUUAUUUCAAAACAAUUUGACACAUCUUAUGCCAAUGUUGGUAUUGGUAGCAUAUUUGCUGGAAAUAAAGUGCCAAAUCAAGUUGAUAGAAAAACUACACCAACAAUUUAUGUGGUUACACCAGCACCAAGGACGACAACAACUGAAAUACCAGAAACAACAACAACAACUCCAAGUACAACAACAACUACCAGUACAACUCCUAGUACAACAACUAGUACAACACCAAGUACUACUACAAGUACAACAACACCAUCUACAACAACUAGUACCACAACAACAACUACUACAACUACAACUCCUGCCCCAACGACAACUACUACCACAACGACAACAACAACAACUACUCCACCACCAGCUCCAGUAUAUGUGGAAUUAAUGACCGCAACUACUACACAACCAAGUCCAGUGUAUGUGGAAUUUACAACAACUCAAAGGCCUACAAUUGUUUUCAAAGCUCCAUCAACAACAUCUAGUACAAUUUCAAUUUCUCAAGGUUCUUCUCAGUCAAACAAUGAGUUAGUCAAUGCAAAUAGUGAAUUGGAGAAAAAUAUCAAGUUGUUGGAACAAUUGCUACAGUUGCAAGCUUCAUUGAAACCAAAAACAAGUAGUAGUUCUACAACAACAACGACUUCGUCAACAACACCAUCAACAACAACUACUACAAAAACUACAGAAACACCAAUCAAAGCAAUUGUUGCUUCAAGUGCUGAUGAUGAACAAUUUAUCAAUCAAUUACGCCAAUUAUUGUUAAGUCAACAACAAGCAACAAAACCAUCAACAACAACUUCUUCAACCACAACAACAACGACUACAACAACACCAAAGCCUACAACAACAACAACACCCAGACAACCAAUAACAAUAUCUCCACAAAAUCUACAAGACUUGUUGAACAGCUUUUCCACACCAUCUUUUACUACAACAACAGCCAGACCAAAUGCCAAUCCAGAUGACAUUCAAUUUCUUAAUUCACUGCGAGAAAUUGGCAAAAUUCCAGUAACAACAUCCGCCCCAACAACAUUUGCCAAUCGCAUCAUUGAGUUGGCUCUUAAAAACCGUCCAGCUACACCAACAUCACCAGUCUACAUUAGCACAACAGUGCCACCUUUUGUACGAUUACCCUCCUCUGUCAAAUUCCCCCAAGUAUUACCAUCAAAUGAAAUUGAACAACAUCGAAAAGAUGAAGCUGCUUUAUCAUCUGAUUUGCAACUUCUAUCGACUUUAUUGGGAAGACGUAUAACAAUAGCUGAUUUACCACAAAUUACACAACAAUUUGGUGGUGGAAAUCGAGGAAAUCCAGCUCCAGCUCCACCUAGAAGAACUACUACAACAACAACUACAACUCGUAGAACAACUCCAAGAACAACAACAACAACUACCGAAAAACCUAUGACUAAAGAUGAGAUAGCAGAAAUUCAGAAAAAUCUGUCUCUUCUUUCAUCACUUUUAGGUCGUCCGGUAUCACUUAGUGAAUUGCCACUGAUAAUGCAAGAACUUAGAGCUGGACGUAAGCCCAAAGGAACUGCUUCGUCUGGAGCAACAAUUAACUUUAUAACUCCAUCACCAUUUAAAACAACGACAACGGUUCGUGCAACUCCAAGACCAGUUGUGACUUCGCCAUCGCAAAAUCCAAUUAGUCAGGAAGAAGUUAUUGAACUUUUGAAGGAUCCAUCAUUGGGUUCUCCCGAUCAGUUGAAUAUUUAUGGACAGUCAAAUGACGCGAUUUUAGCGGCGGUUCUGAAACAGAGGGGUAUUGGGCCAGCUCAUAACAACCUUCCAGUAAAUGACCUCUUUGGUCAAGAACCUACCCAGCGGCCAUAUCGUCCACCACGACCAACUCAACCACCACCACCGCCACCACCUCAAAGACGGCCAGUGUUGGACGGUCUAGCAUGGUUGUGGCGAACUUGGCAGGAAACAGCAGCGCCAGGCAAUCGAGUAUCGAAAAACACACGACAACCAUCAGCGUCAGCAUCGACAAGACUCGAAAGUCCAAUUUUGGUUGGUGCAUUUGCUAAUGCUGAACCAGAACCACCAACAGCGAAUACCAACGAAGGUGGAGAAUAUGCUGAUUUACAAUAUCCACAAAAUCCAAGCUUCGGCCAGGGCAAUGGUUUACUAACAGCGGCCUUUGGUGUUACAAGAGCUGUAUCACAGUUUUUGGGAGCUGCAUUUCAGGGUGCAGCAAAAUCUGUUCAGUCAGCAUUUUCACCACAAGCUGUUCAACAGCCCAGUUUGAUAAGUCUCAGUGGUUAAAAAAUAUAGAAUUUUUUAUAUUAUUUACUUUUUGGAUGAAUUUUUUAACUUAAAAUAUUUUUAGGCAUUGUACAAAAUUUAUUUAUUGCAAAAAAACAUAAAAAUAAACAUAAAUUUAAGUUUGCUCAAAACGAAUGUUGACGGAAGCACAAAUUAAAAAAAAAGUGAUCCCUAGUCGUUAGGAACAAAAAAAUAUUAAAAAUAACUUUCUAUUAUAAGAUUUUAUAUUUAAAAACUAUUUAAAAUGAAAAUUUGGAGACUGUAUAGUUAAAAAUUAAACAUGAACAAAAUUAUUUAAAUUUAAAUUAAUAAGAUAAUUUAAUUAAGUAAACUCACAUGCAUAUCAUUUUAAAAACUAUGACAUUUUAGAAAUAAUUUUAGUUAUAGAAAAAAACAAAAGGCAUCCAGGUGAAAUGUUUAUUUAUAAAUAAAUAAAUUAUUUUUAAGUGUUUUAAGUUUAAGAUUUUAUCAUACUCAUGAAAUCGUCCAUUUAUAUACGUGGAAACUUGUGUAAUUAAUAUAAGGUAGGUCUAUAAGCAAUGACGGUGCAUAAAAACUCUAGUGUAAGAGGCGAUGAGAUUUUUUAUUGCGUGUAAGUUCUCUUUUAAUUUUAAUUUUUAAUAAUUCAAUGCGGUCGGGAAAACAAUAUUAAUUCAUUAAUAAUAUUUUUUCGUUAUGUGAUUGUUUUCUUUUUUGUAUGAAUUUAUUAUAAUAAAAAGCUUGUAAAUAUUUAAGAAUGAAAAUAGGGUAAUAAGUUUUGA